AUGGCCAUCCUAGAAGUCCUUUCUCCUGGCUGGAGUGAUGCAGAUGGGUGGCCAGGCAGGGAGAUCUGUCAGAUGGCCAGGCAGAGAGACGAUGCCCCAGGCAGGGAGAUCUGUCAGAUGGCCAGGCAGAGAGACGAUGCCCCAGGCAGGGAGAUCUGUCAGGUGGCCAGGCAGAGAGACGAUGCCCCAGGCAGGGAGAUCUGUCAGGUGGCCAGGCAGAGAGACGAUGCCCCAGGCAGGGAGAUCUGUCAGGUGGCCAGGCAGAGAGACGAUGCCCCAGGCAGGGAGAUCUGUCAGGUGGCCAGGCAGAGAGACGAUGCCCCAGGCAGGGAGAUCUGUCAGAUGGCCAGGCAGAGAGACGAUGCCCCAGGCAGGGAGAUCUGUCAGAUGGCCAGGCAGAGAGACGAUGCCCCAGGCAGGGAGAUCUGUCAGACUGCCAUCCUAGAAGUCCUUUCUCCUGGCUGGAGUGAUGCAGAUGGAUGGGUGGCCAGGCAAAGAGACGAUGCCCCAGGCAGGGAGAUCUGUCAGGAGGCCAGGCAAAGAGACGAUGCCCCAGGCAGGGAGAUCUGUCAGGAGGCCAGGCAAAGAGACGAUGCCCCAGGCAGGGAGAUCUGUCAGGAGGCCAGGCAAAGAGACGAUGCCCCAGGCAGGGAGAUCUGUCAGGUGGCCAGGCAGAGAGACGAUGCCCCAGGCAGGGAGAUCUGUCAGGUGGCCAGGCAAAGAGACGAUGCCCCAGGCAGGGAGAUCUGUCAGGUGGCCAGGCAGAGAGACGAUGCCCCAGGCAGGGAGAUCUGUCAGGAGGCCAGGCAAAGAGACGAUGCCCCAGGCAGGGAGAUCUGUCAGGUGGCCAGGCAGAGAGACGAUGCCCCAGGCAGGGAGAUCUGUCAGGUGGCCAGGCAAAGAGACGAUGCCCCAGGCAGGGAGAUCUGUCAGGAGGCCAGGCAAAGAGACGAUGCCCCAGGCAGGGAGAUCUGUCAGGAGGCCAGGCAAAGAGACGAUGCCCCAGGCAGGGAGAUCUGUCAGGAGGCCAGGCAAAGAGACGAUGCCCCAGGCAGGGAGAUCUGUCAGGAGGCCAGGCAAAGAGACGAUGCCCCAGACAGGGAGAUCUGUCAGGUGGCCAGGCAAAGAGACGAUGCCCCAGGCAGGGAGAUCUGUCAGGUGGCCAGGCAAAGAGACGAUGCCCCAGACAGGGAGAUCUGUCAGGUGGCCAGGGAGAUCUGUCAGGUGACCAGGAAAAGAGACGAUGCCCCAGACAGGGAGAUCUGUCAGGAAGCCAGGCAAAGAGACGAUGCCCCAGGCAGGGAGAUCUGCCAGGAGGCAAAUAAGUUGCUGCCCAUAGAGCUUCUCUGA